CGGAAGCCACGCACGAGCGGCUAUUGGUGGGUUAGCCCGGCUAUCCCGAGCGCAAGCAUGAUUGGCUAGCCGCUCCGCCCGCCUUCCUGAAAGGUCAUGAAUAUUUAUCAAUCAUUUGGGGUUUCCCUCGGCCAACAUGGCGGACGUAGGGAAAGACGUGGAUGUUGCUAUAUCGAAAGCCUUGUUGAGCAUAGAAUCUGUCGAUAGCUUGAAACCUGAGCAGCACCAGGUUUUGGAGAACUUCCUGUGCGGCAGGGAUGUGGUGGGUCUUCUUCCUACAGGCUUCGGUAAAUCGCUGAUUUACCAGCUCGCUCCCACUGUGGCUAAAAAUUUGCGGUCGAGUGCGCUUUGUCCAGAGCACAUAAAGACUGCAGAGUUUCCUUCUCUGAUCAUCUUAUCUCCACUUCUGGCGCUUAUAAACGACCAAGUGUUGGAGGCCAGGGAGUUUGGACUGUCCGCGAUGUCGCUGUGUGACCCCAGUCCGACCGAAGAAGCGCAGAUUCUGAGUGGGAAGGUCCGGUUAAUGUUCGCAAAUCCCGAAACGCUUGUGUUGGACGAAAAAUGGCGGGACAUGCUGCUCACAGAGAGGUUCCAAAACAACGUCGUGGGUCUUGUGGUCGAUGAAGUCCAUAAAACACCGAGCUGGGGAGAAGCAAAGAAAGGGGGGAAGGCCUUCCGGGAAACGUUUGCGAGGAUAGCAGAGCUCCGCUCUUUGUGUAAGCAUGGGACUCCUGUUUUGGCUCUUACUGCUUCUGCCGACACUGCUACAAGAAAGGACAUUGUGAGACUCCUGAACCUGAGCAAGCACACCGUAUUUGUGGAGAGGAGCCCAAAUAGGACUAACAUUAGGCUCAGUGCUGUCAGGAUCAAGCCAUCAGAUGAUUUUGCCUGUCUAGACUGGUUAGUUACGGGUGUUAAGAAAUAUGGCAGUGAGUUUGGCAAGGCAGUUAUAUACUGUAGAGAUUUUAAAACUGUGGGUGCGGUGUACUGCCACCUUGUGGCAUCCCUUAGGGAUGAAGCUUAUGUCGGGGUUAGGAUAUCGCGCAACUGUAGAGUUGGGAUGUACCAUAGCGAGACCUUGCCGGAGAAGAAGGAGCAUGUGCUUUCAUCAUUUAGGGGUACAUCCAAAUUCUCCAAUUUGUCAGUUGUUAUUGCCACUACAGCACUGAGCAUGGGCGUGAAUUUCCCAGAUGUCAGAUACGUUGUCAUGUAUGGUCCUCCAGACAACAUGGAAGACUUAAUGCAGCAAAUAGGAAGAGCUGGAAGGGAUAACCUCCCAGCUCAUGGUAUUAUGUAUAGUUAUGCCCAGCAAAGGUGUGAUGACAAUGUCAGACAAUAUGCCAAGGGUACAUCUUGCCUCAGAGCCACAUUGUACAACCACUUUGAGUCAGCUAAGUCUACCGUACCAUUGGAACCUGGACAUGACUGUUGUACAGUGUGUCAUAAAACGUGUAACUGUAACACAUCUAGUGAAUCAUGUGAUGUUCCUAGCCCUGUACAUGAAAUGUCAGUAGCUGCAACUGAAACAAUCCCGUCCAAGGUGAGAAGUGUCACUGAUGAACAGAGAGAGUUGUUGACAGAGGGGCUGUAUCAGUACAGAUAUUCCCUUGUGAAGAAUAAGAGGCUUUUGCUGUCAGUUGGACACACAACUGGAUUUACAGAUGCAUUCAUAGAGUCAAUAGUUGAAAAAAGCCCUUUCAUUUUCUCAGCUAAGUACAUCCUGGAUAACUUCCCUGAAAUAUACUCUGAACAGCAUGCUCACUCGAUCAUGUACAUAGUCAACAAGGUGUUCAAUGACAACCUAGAUAUUGAUGACUUACUAGAAGCAAUAGAGGCAGACUUUGAGUCUGAAAUUGCACAGGACCCAAGUAUUCCUGACAUUCCUGUUACAUGGUCCAACUCUGAUUCUGAUAAUGCCUGUGCUGAGGAACCAAUUUUAUGGGAUGAAUUCUUGUACUAUGACAGUGACUGAUAAUAUUUACAAUUACAUUUUUUUGGUGAUGUGAAAGAUGUAAUUAUGAUUUCUAUCGCAGUACAUAUGACAAUGAGUACAUGUAUAUCAUUUCUUUAAGGAACACCAUGAUGUAUCCUUUUCUUUUAUUCAAUACAUGUUCUGUACAAGUCUUGUGGAAACAUUUUUGUAACAAAGUCUUUUCACUGUAUAUAUACAUGCAUAAGCUUAGAAGAGUAUGGAAUUUCUUCGCAUGUGUCACUUAUGUCAGUGCUUUUGCAGUUUGAUCACUUUUCUUCAAUACAUAACACAGUAUUUUCAUUGUAUAUAUACAUGUAUAAGGUUAGAAGAAUAUGUCAUUUCUUCGCAUAUGUUACUUAUGUCAGUUUGGUCACUUAGGGUGAUCAAUUCAAGACUGAAAACAUCAGUGUAGCAACAAAGUUUUGUAUCAUAUGUAUAUAAGCCUAGAGAAAUAUGGCAUUUCUUCACAUCCAAAUUUUUACAUGUAUAAGUGGUUUUACAGAUUGAUCAGUUAUCUUUUCUUUAACACACCAGUCUUUUGGGGUGUUCGCUUCAUGACUGAUAACAUCAGUGCAACAACAAAGUCUUUGUAUCAUUGGCUUAUCUACUUACUAGUAUUGUAUUUGUAGUCAAAAUGUAUGUUUCCUUAUUCAGUUUUGGAAUACACAUUUUGUACAUUACAAUUUGACAUUGUCACUAAGGGGUUGUCAGAACACCCGAUACAGGUUACAUAGUGGAAAACAUGAGGAAUGGAAAACAUGUUCUUUCAAACAUA